UGCAGCGAGGAUGGCGACCGCAGCUAAAACUGUCGGUGGUGCUGUAAUGAAAGGCACUGGAUCAACUCUCAUGUCGAUCGAUUUCGAAGUAUUUGGAAAGGUGCAAGGUGUUUUUUUCAGAAAGUAUACUGUGAGAAAUAGCAAAAAGCAUGGAUUAGUUGGUUGGGUGCAAAACACAUCACAUGGCACGGUUCUUGGACAAAUGCAAGGAGCAGCUGAUAAAAUAAAAAUCAUGAAACAGUGGUUGCAAAAAGAAGGCAGUCCAAGAUCAAAAAUCCAAAAAGCUGAAUUUAGAAGUGAAAGAGUGAUCACGGAACUUGAGCAUGACACAUUCAGGGUAUUAAGACCCUGAUUGUUUAAAUUUAAAAGUACUAUCCAUUGUAAAUAAGUAUUUUAAAAACCAACAUGGACAUUAUUUAUAAUGUUCAGCCUUUCUUUAAUAUUCAGAAAAAAGAAAGAAAAAAGGCCAAUGUCUUUCAGUUUUCGAGUAAUUAUGAUAUAGCUAAGCAAUAAUGUGAAUUAGAAUGGUUGUAGCAAGUAUUGGAGAUAGCCUUGUGACUCAAACUGUAUUCACACAUGUCUUGCCAAAUAUCAUUAAACUUAAAUCUAAA